AUGCUUUACACAAGGCGUAUGCGCAUCCUGUCGCCAUUUUUCGUUCUGUGUGGGCUUGCUAUCUUUUUCUAUCUCUAUGGAGACUUCCCAGGACCUCAAUCUGCGGACAACCUCUCCUAUACGCAGCAACCCUCCACUCAAGAUAAAGAGUUCUUUUGGGACCAAAUUCCGCAGCGAUAUCCAGUUCAAUUGCCUCUACCAGUUCCUUCAGUUGUCCCAGGUAGCAUUGCGCCGAUACAGCAUCGCUUUCCUCCAGAGGAGAGUGCCGCUCGCGAUUUACAGAUGACACGGCUCCAGGCAGUCAAGGGGAACUUCACACAUGCCUGGGAGGGUUAUAAAAAGUAUGCAUGGAUGAGUGACGAGGUUGCGCCACUCUCUGGUCAUGCUCAAAAUCCCUUUGGUGGUUGGGCUGCAACCCUCGUUGAUGCACUGGAUACUCUAUGGAUCAUGGGACUCUAUGAUGAAUUCGAAGAAGCCAUCAAGGCUGUUGAGAAGCUUGACUUUACCAAAUGCUCCCUGGAUGAGAUUAAUGUGUUCGAAACCACAAUUCGAUUUCUGGGAGGAUUCCUUGGAGCCUAUGAUAUCAGCAACCAGAAAUACCAUGUUCUGCUUCAGAAAGCAGUCGAGGUUGGCUCGAUGCUUUAUGCCGCUUUUGACACUCCGAAUCGAAUGCCUGUCACGCGAUGGAAGAUCAAUGCUGCUGCACAUGGAGCUCCACAGGAGGCUGGGAAUAAUGUGCUCGUCGCCGAAAUUGGCUCGCUCACUCUGGAAUUCACACGUCUGAGCCAGCUGACAAAAGAUAGUCGCUACUUUGAUGCAGUUCAGCGUAUCGUGGACGUGUUUGAUGCCCAGCAGGAUCAGACAAAAGUCCCAGGUUUAUGGCCGAUUAUCGUUGAUGCGAAGACAAUGAAUUUCCAUGCCUUCACCAGUUUCACCAUUGGUGGAAUGGCUGAUUCACUCUAUGAGUAUCUUCCAAAACAAUACAUUCUCUUAGAAGGAGCCUCUCAACAGUACCGGAAACUCUAUCAGAAGGCACUCACUGCCAUGAAAGCUCAUAUAUUCUUCCGCCCCAUGGCUCCAGGUAGCGAAAAUCUUCUGUUCCCAGGCGACAUCUCAUCAGAUGGCCAGAUUCCGUUGUCACAACUGAAGCUAGAAGCGAAAGUACAACACCUGAGCUGCUUUGCAGGUGGGAUGGUUGCCAUUGGGGCUAAGGCGUUCAAUAGCCCCGAUGACCUGACAGUGGCGCGCAAGUUGGUCGAAGGCUGCAUUUGGGGCUAUGAGCAUGGCUAUUAG